AUGGUUCUCAAAGGUAUUCAGCUCGGUCUCCGAGCUUGGGAGUUCGUCUUCUCCCUCCUCGUCAUGGCCUUGAUUGGUAACAUCAUCGCCGGGGCGUUCGCAGGCAACCCGGCCACAAUCAACUACAGCAUGUUCACUGCCACCUUCUCAAUAAUCUCGCUCUUCUACCUCGUCCCCGCGUCAAUCAACCUUAGCUGGGCCAUCAGCCCCAUCAUCAUGAUCGUGCUCGAUGCCCUGAACGCCAUCUUCUUCUUCACCUGCGCGAUCGCGCUCGGCGCCCGACUGCAUGCGCGCAGCUGCUCCAACAAUCAAUAUACCCUCCACAAUGAAGUCACCAACGGCUCGCACAACCGCGAGAAGCGUUGCCGCGAGGCGCAGGCGUCGACUGCGUUCCUCUGGUUCGCGUGGGCAGGUUACAUGGCCUCAACGAUCAUCUCCAUCCUCAUGGCCCGUGGCUCUACUGAGAGCAUGCGUGGCCGGCCUGCUCGUGGCGCCCGUGGACGCCCUAGCAUGGCUCAGGUCUAA